AUAACAGGAGAAUACUUGAAGUUUAUCACAUUCACCAAAGAACACAAAACAUGUAUAUUAUGAUAGUGAAUGUUUUUUGCAUACUAUUCAAUCUUAGAAUUUAAGAGAAAAAUCAUUUUAAUAUAAUGAUUUAUUUUGUCUAGUGCUUUGAUCUGAUAACAUAUAUCACUGGAGACAAGUAGCUCAAUUAUUUGCUAAAUUACCAAUGAUUACUGAUCUUAGACUAGACACCAUCUCUUAUCUUGACUGUCUCUGUCCACCCAGAGACAAACACAUGCUGCUCUUAGAAGAGCACUCCCAAUUCUCAGUUCUAUAGCACAUAGAGAAAAAAAUCCCAUUUAACUACAUGUAUUAGAAAAUGAUUCAAUAUAAUAGGUUAAGCUAAAUCUUGUGUUUGUUGAAUAGGGAUUUAUAUAACAUUAUCAUAUUCCUAAAAACAGACGGACUGAGAAAGAGGAGAAAAAAGAAGCCACGGAAAUUAUGAUGAUGCAAGUUUUUAGGAAUAUCUUGACUUUUAGUGAAUUGUUUUUGUUUUGAUUUCUGACUUUAAGUGUAUUGUUUUAAUAGUCAAUGUCACUGUAGUGGGAUUGCAUGAUCAGAACAAGAUAUAUAAUAAUAAAGUCUAGAUGAAAACAAUAUGGUAUAAUGACCCACAAAUUCUCUGUUCCUGAUUUACGGAACAGAAGUGAAAUAAAUGAGAACUUGAACCAGUAAACAGCAUAUAAAGUUGUUUGAAGAAAUGAAGUGUAAACGCGGUCGACAGGGGACAGGACUAGAGCCUGUUAUGUCGUCUCUCUGUGGGGGCUGACUCACGGUUUUAUCAGUGUUUAUCAGGAAGUGUUGGGAGUAUUAACAAGGAAUAAAUGUGGAAGAAAAUGAAGCCCCAGAUGACCCCUGUGUGUGACCUUGAGGCUGGAUCCCCUGGUCAGUCCAACCAAUGACUAGGCAGUAGUGUCUCCCAAACCGGUGACCAUGACAACCAGACUUUCUGUUGCCUAGGCAACAGAAUGACCAACAGUGUGAUGGACAAUGUGGACCCCCCAGGGCCGGUGGUCAGUGGAGACUGGAGUGCCCAGGAACUUGAGGAGGAGAUGCUCAAUGGAGAGGAAUUGUUGGAUCUAGACCAGAGUGACAGCUGGAUUCUGUUGGAUCCGGAUAUUCUGGCAUCGAUGCUAAGGAAUGGGCUGGAUAAGGUUUUGUUGAUAGACAGCCGCUCCUUCCUGGAAUACAACACUUCCCGCAUCCAACAGUCGGUCAACCUGUGCUGCUCAAAGCUGGUCAAGCGCCGCCUGCAGGUGGACAAGGUUCACGUUGGUGACCUUCUGAGCCAGACCUGUCACCUUGACAUUGAAGAGUACUCGGAGGUGAUCGUGUAUGAUCAAUGUACAGAGUCGCCGGAUACCCUGACCGCCGACAACUUCCUGUUUAUUCUGCUACGAAAACUCGUCAUGUGUACCACAUUUAACAGUGUAUCUCUCCUCAAAGGUGGUUACCUGGCCUUCCAAGCCAUGCAUCCGUCUCUGUGUGAGAACAAGCCCCCCAGCAGCUACAAGUGCACCCCCCUCACCUCCCUCUCCCAGCCUUGUAUGCCGGUCGCCAAUGUUGGACCCACUCGCAUCCUCCCCUUCCUGUACCUGGGAUCUCACCGGGACGCCAUGUCUCAGGAAACAAUCCAGAUAAACGACAUAUCUUACAUCCUGAACGUUAGCAUCACGUGUCCUCAGUCUCCGUUUGUACAGGACGGACAUUUCCAUCGCAUUCCAGUCAACGACAACUACAGCGCCAAGCUGCUGCCAUUCUUCCACCAAGCAUUCCAGUUUAUUGACAAAGUGAGGGAGGCCAACGGUAGCGUGAUGAUUCACUGUCUGGCCGGGAUAUCCCGAUCUCCCACGCUGGCCAUUGCUUACGUAAUGAAGCACCUACAUAUGUCAUCAGACGAAGCAUACAGGUAUGUGAAGGACAAAAGGCCAACCAUCUCUCCGAACUUUAACUUCCUUGGACAGCUGCUGGAGUAUGAGAAGUGGAUAAAGCAGGAGGAGGAGGAGUUAAGGCAGCGACAGGAGUCCCUGGGCUCGCUGACCGACGGCAAGACCACGCCCAUCAUCAUGGACCUCCAGAUGUGUAGCCCUUCCUCACCCAUCGCCAAGGCCACCAAGCCCUUCACCUUUGACCCCCAGUGGGAGCCUCGUGUACAGGACCGUGAUUUAAAGCGUGACACAAACGACAACCUGCCGUUGUUGGCCGAUUCCGACUCGUGGAACAAUUUUCAGUGUUCUGGAAAGUCGACAUCAUCAAAAAUGGAGACGGAUCUCCCAGAAAAGAGAAAGUUUAGUGAUUCUAGUACGUUGUGUAGUGGUUAUCCACACAUCUCAGACAGCAACCCAGUGACUCCCAGCGCUGAGUUAUCCCCCUUUCCUUUUGGUGUAUCAACCCUAAAUAAUGGGUCUCGGUCUGAUUCACCACAGGAGUGGAAAGUUCAGAAAGACUGCAAGAGGAAGUCUCCUUCUCCCACUCCAAAGUCGCCCGUAAGUCGAUCCUUCACACUGUCUCUGAGUCCAGUGCCUCUCCCCUCAGAGGGAAUUGGUGCCCCCAGAGACAGAAAGAGGUCUCUUGGAUCUCCCAUGACAAAACCAUCUACCUUGAUGUCUCCGUUAUCAAGAUCUCCAGGGAAACCCUUUAUCAAACCAUUUUCUCUGCCACUCUCCCCUGUUUUGUCACCGGACACCCCAGAAACCAGUGACCCCGUGAACUCUGACCCACACAUCAAGGACUCCUCCAAUCAUCAACAGGAAACUGCUGCUCAAAGGAAUGAUAGGAAGGCAGUGUCAAAACCCUUCUCGUUACCGCUGAGCAGUGUGAACUCUCCAGACGUCAGGGACAGUACUAACAACCAACAGAAAAAGUUCAAACAGGAGAGAAACUUUCACCUGCCAUUGUCUUCUCAAUCUCAGCGAGAUAACAGUCAGAGCGAGCAAAGGGAGAGCAGAUCUCGACCGUUUGUCCUCCCUGUAUCUCCUCUUGUCUCUUCUGAGAAAAGUCUGUCCAUCACGGAUGGCAACUCACCCUUACCCUCACCUGCGCUGACUCCAGUCAAAAGUCCAUCGAGAUCGUUCACUCUGCCACUGUCAACAGUCAGUCUACAUACAAAUGAAAGAAACAAGGCCACAGUGGACCUAGUGAGUCCCUGUCGCCCCAGACAGUGUCCAGAGCUACCCAGUCCACGCCUGGAGUCGGCCGAACACUGUCACAUGGAAACAACAUCACCAAGUCUACCAGACAGCACCCCAUUAUAUAUUGUAUCAGAAUCAUGUAAAUCUCAACAGAAAUUUGAUCUCAGUCUCUCUGUGUCUCAGUCAAAGUGUUGUGAAACAUUGACCGCCCCCUCCUCCUCCCCGCGACCCCCCUCAUCACUACCCCAUACCCUGGGGGUCCCCGGUAGAACCUCUGAGCUUCGUUGCCCCCCAUCACAGACAAUUUACUCCCCCUCAGCAGCUCUGGCUGAGCUUCAUUUCAGUCACUCUGUGGUGGAGAGGAUCGACAAGCCUACUCCUCUACAGAAGUUUCCAUCUACCUCUCUCGACAAACUUAACUUUACUCCUUGUUUUGCAACGGAAAACAGAACCAAGGAAUCAGUGUGUUCAAUGGAGGCGGAUCACGGAGAGCCUGGUGAGGGGACAUCCCUCGCCUCCAUUGGCUCUGGCAGUAGUUCAACCGUGACGUCCCCCGUAGGUCAUCAGGUGACCCUGAGAGUCAGGGAAAAUAGGGCAAAACGACCUCUCAUAAGGCCGAACAGUAUUGCAUUUUCUAAAUACCCGACCUUUGAUCUUGGAUCAGACUGUCAGGAAUCCCCCAGCUCAGCCAGUAGUACGUCGCAAGACGAUGCGGCCGAUACAUACCUUCUACAAAAUGGAAAACGCUCCAAGGCCUCGGACUCUCACACCGGAAGAUACACUGAACGAGACGUGUACCGGAAAAUCACAGCAGCCAUGGAGAGUGCUAUGUUUAGAACACAGGUGUACGAGGCGAGUCGUAAGGCCAGAAGCCUGGAUGACAUCCUGGUCUCAGGAGACCAUCUGGUGGCAAAACAAGCUGGAACCGGGUGCUCACCAUUUGGGAAAUUUCCACCGCGAUGUGGAUUAGGACCACAAAGGUUUAAUUCUCCUGGAAUUUACGAAAAUAUAACAUGUCAUGCAUCGUCAGAAGUUUACCAGUCCAGCAGUAGCAUAUCAUCUAACGGAAGUCAUGGCUCACUGCACGGGAGCCUGGAAAUCAUACAGGUCGGGGAGUGCCCCAACAAGCGCCGGAAAACCUCCGACAAGUAGCGGGGACGACUGACAACAAUGUCACACCUACAAUGCAUUAAAUUUAAAUCAACCAAUCAACAACCAGAACGACGGAAAUGACGUCACAGACCCCGCCACGGACAUAGCAUUGUGCCUUAUGAAGUUCAAAGAAGCACGGGAGGAAAAAAAGAACGUAAUUUGUCUCCCUUGUGGAGCAGCACUUUUCAGUUCAUUGAUUAUUGUUUCAGAAAUUGUUUGUAGAAAGUCCGCUAGUUUGAAGAAGCUGUUUGUUCUGUGGAGGUUACUGAAAGCCUCUUCUCGCCCUAGGUAGUAUGAGAAGAAAUGACCCAGAUUUUUAGAUUUUAUGCAAAGCCAGUAGCCUCCCUUCACAUCCCCUCCACCAAAAAUCACCCCCCCCCCCAAAACGCAAACACCAGUGCCCACUGAAAGGAAGUUAAGAAUCCGAAUCCUUUCUUUUCACCCCCCCCUCCCCCAGCUCUUGUCGUUGUCAAUUAUUUGAGGUCAUGUGAUCGUUGUUGAUAAAUACGUAGAUUUUAGAAUUCUCAGGAACUUAAAAUCCAAUAAUCAGGAGAGGUCAGAGGUCAGAAUUACAUUUUAUCCAUUUGAUUUUCAUAGAUAUGAAUGGAUAUCGUUUUAAUGAACACGGUUAAUCGUUUGAUAAUAUGUCAGUCAUUCGUAUCAACCCUCUAUAUCUGUUUAUGUACAAGACUAAAUACGCCUCAGAGCAUGGAUAGAUUUGGUACAAGUGAACAUAGUAUGUUAAGUUGCUGUUAUUGUUCUUGAUCAAGUUGGUACCGUAGGAUAGUCAUAUUCAGCGUCUCUUUCUUUCUCUCGUCUGCCUCUAGUUUAUCUGAUAGAUAAUUUUUUUUUCAACGGGAGAAUUGUAAGAAUCGGGAAAAUCAAUUUAGAAAAAAACCAAAUCUCUCUCUCUCUCUUUUUCUCUCUCUCUCUCUCUGAGAGAUGAUGUCACGUGUAAGAUUUGCAGAUGUCAUUGUCACUCAGAAAUGACUGAUUUUGUAUCGGACAAAUGUUACUUUACGUAGAAUGGGAGAUCACCCUUAAUUCCUAGAGAUAGUUGUUCGUUAAUGUAUUCAGUGGUUAGUUAACCUUUGACCUGUUGUGAAUGUUUACCUUGUUAUGACACUGUAUUGAGAUAUUUUUGUAGAAAUCUUGGAUAAGCUGUGAUUUUGUACAUAGAAAAUUCCCCAAUGUGAAUGGAGAGCAUUAGUAUAUUUACAGACAUUAAUAUAUACCGUAGAAAAUGAUGUCGUUUAUUUAUAGAUGUGGACAUUACCAUGGUUAUGUUUACCUUGUGUAUCAAGUUCCCGGUCUGACUCUCGGUUGUGUUGAAAUAUAACGUCAUAGUCACGUGGUAUACAUGUCACAUAAAAUUUGUCAUUAGAUAACGUCACAAAGAUAUCACACGUCACGACGAAUGUCAAAUUGUAUUAUGUCAUAGCUCAUCAUCGUGUUUACACUUACGCCACAGCACAUGACGUCAUAAAGCAUAUCAACAGAGUUUUCUCAGAAGAUGUUAGCACAAUAAAUGGCGUCAUGGAAACUUUUCUUGACUGUUUAUCAAGAUUUAAAAGAUUCAACCCUAUUUAUACAGAAAAGAAGUUACUGGGGUAACCCCUAAUAACAAAUCAUAAUUGAGAUAACCAUGCAAGAUGCCGUUGUGAUAAUAAAAUCAUACCGUUUUGACAUAAACUUAGAACACCGCUAUGACGUUUGCAUAAUACUUCGUUAUGACGUAUGCAUAAUACUUCGCUGUGACGUAUGCACAGUAGACCGUUGUAACGUGUGAAUGCACGCAUCAUUGUAAUCAUUGAAAUGUUGGAAUGUCUUUGAUACCACAUGUCAUUGAGGAAACUCUUUUUCAUUGUAACGUCUGAAUGAAUGAAUACAAUAUAGUGAUGACUUACAGAAAGCGUCUUAUGGCGUCUUACUGUUACGUCAUAAUGACGUCUUACUGUUCCGUCAUUAUGGCGUCCUUCAAAGCACACCAAUUUGUCAAAGUGGAACACAACUUUUGUCAGUACAUUUCUAUUGUAUUUGUUACAUCGUACUUUUCAUAUUUUUUAACUUUUUUUACAUGUACAUUGGACACAAUGAUAUUGAACGUUAUUGUAAAACUGUUAUAAUAAUUUGUAUACACUUGUGUAGAAAUUUUAUACAAUUUGUAAAAGUCACCUGUUUUUUUAAAUAUAUGUACAUGAUAUUUAACUUUGGCCAAUCAGUCAAAACCAAACUGUUAAAAUUAUCAAGACAAAAUAGUCGGGCAGCUUUUUUUCUUUCAUCGUAUGUGCAACACAACUUUAUAACCAAAUUAUUACAAACAACGUAUUUGUUACUUGAACCAAUUGUUAAAAAAACGUAAUUCAAAAUCUUUUUGUUAAGGACAACAUUUGUGCAAUAUUUAGUUUGUUAAACUGUGGUUCUUAUUCAGCUGUAGAUCUACACAACUGGACGAUGUUCUUUUCUAGUCGUGACAUAUAGGCGUUCGUUCUCCGAUGAGAGGACUCGCUCCGUUUUUAUCCGUUUUUAUCUGUGAUUGUCGUACCUCUAGUUUUCUUAUUUAUGACAUGACGUCGACAUACAGCCAGUGACGUAUCGCAGUCACGUGGUUAUUGUCGGCCCGCUCAUGUUCUCUGUGAGUUAGAGGCGAGCGUUGUUUUUUCAAUAGUCUACUGUAAUCUACCUAUAUUAAAUCGUUGUUUACACUUACAA